AUGAAAAAGAAGAAAAGGCCAUAUAUAAUUCUCCUAUUUUUAUUGUUCCCAUUAAAUAUUUUUUUGUCCUUUUCAUUUAUUCGUUAUAAUUCCAUAUCAUUUAAAAAUAAUCAAAGUAAUAAAAAUAAUUUUUUUUUUGUUCCAAAUGAGUGUAUAGGUACAAUAUGUAAUAACAGGAAAAAAAAAAAACAUUUUUCCUUGUAUAAUCAUGGAAAAGAAUUUCAUGAAAGAGUAAAGAAAUUACAUAUUUUAUCAGAUGCUUUAAAUAUUGAUGCUUAUCCAUCCUCUUUUAUAAAAAGAAAUAUAAAGAUAGAUGAUCUAAAAAAAAAAUUCGAACAUUUAAAAGAUGGAGAAAGGGAUGAUAAAAUAUAUGUGAUAUAUGGCAGAGUAACCGUUAAACGAAACAAUGGUAUGUUUAUGAACAUACAAGAUGAUGAAGGAAAUAUACAAAUAUAUUUAGAUGAAAAUUUACCUAUCAAAGGAAAAAAAAAUGAUAAUAAAAAGAUAAAUAAUAAUAAAAUAGAAGAAGUACCAAAUAAAUAUCAUAUGGAAAACAAUACCGUUUCGUCCAUUUUAUCUAACAAUAAUAAAACAAAUAAUAAUGAUUAUGUAAUAAAUGAUCAAAGUUAUAAUGAAAAAUAUGAGACAUAUAAUAAUCAAAUAAUGGCAAGGAAAAUUAUUGAACUUGGUGAUUUUGUAGCUGUUAAAGGCUUUGUUCGAAAAACUUUAAGAGGUGAAAUAACAUUACACGUCAAAGAUAUUUAUAUGCUUAGCAAAUCUUUAUUACCAUUACCAGAUAAGUACAAAGGAAUGAAAGAUGUAGAAUAUAAAUAUAGAAAGCGAUACUUAGAUUUUUUAACUAACAACGAUCAAAAAGAUAAGAUAAAAGCACGAUAUGAUAUAAUCCAAGAAAUAAGAAAAUAUUUAUUAAAACGUAAUUUUCUUGAAGUAGAUACACCUAUAUUACAAUUAAUACCAGGAGGAGCUACAGCGAAACCAUUUGAAACAUAUUUAAAAUCUCUAAAUUUAAUAUUGUAUUUACGUAUAUCUCCAGAAUUAUUUUUAAAAAAAUUAAUUGUAAGUGGCAUCUCAGAACAAAUAUUUGAAUUAAGUAAAUGUUUUCGUAAUGAAGGUUUAAGUUCUAUACAUAAUCCAGAAUUUACCAUGUUGGAAAUAUAUAAAUCCUAUACUAAUUAUAAAUAUAUGAUGAAUUUUGUUGAAAAAAUAAUAAAACACCUUUUUAAAAAAUUCCCUUAUCCUUCAAAUAUUAAUUCAUCAAAUUCAAACACAAAAGAAAAAAAAGAAAAUAUUAAUAUAAACAAUAAGUGGAAAAAAAUAUCUUUCAUUAAAAUACUAAAAGAUUAUACAUCAAUUAAUUUUUUAAAGCUCUCAUUUGAUGAAGCAUAUGAUGAAGCCAAUAAAUUAAACAUACAUUUUGAUCAACCAAAAGAACAAUUAAAUUGGGGCUUAAUUGUAGAAGAAGUUUUCAAAAAAAAAGUUGAACCAUAUUUACCACAUGAACCUAUACAUAUAUAUCACUUACCAUCUGAUACAUCACCACUAGCCAAAACAUUAAACAAAAACAGUAGAUUAUCCGAAAGAUUUGAAACAUAUAUAGGACAAAUGGAAAUAGCUAAUGGAUAUUCUGAAGAAGCUAAUGCUUUAAUACAGGAAAAAAAAUUCCUUUCUCAAUUUGCCUUGAAAAAUAUGAUUAAAACAAAUGAAAAAAAUAUGGGUAUUCCUACAACGUUUUCUUAUGAUCAAUAUAAAAGUAAUCAUAAUGAAACUGAUCAAAGCAUUAAGGAAGUACCUAAUAAAGACAAUACAACUAACAUAUAUGAUGAAAAUAAUAAGAGUGAUAAUAAUCAAAUAGAUUAUGAUUAUGUAACAGCUUUGGCUCAUGGAUUACCACCAACAGGAGGACUAGGAAUAGGUAUAGACCGUUUGUGUAUGCUAUUUACCAAUACAAAUACGAUUAAAAAUAUUGUAUCGUUUCCAAUCAUAAAACCACAUGGGAAAGAUUAA